AUUCAUACCACCAACUCCCACCUCGGUCUACUUUCAUUCCUGUUUGACUGAGUACCCCGUCAUUUCUGAGAAGGGUGACAGCUCGAGACAAAUUGCCUUUCUGCCAUCUCAGGAAUCAGCAAGUCUAGUUUUCUACCCACUUGCUUUGAUUGUGCACAACCGCUCUCCGUCCCCCUCAUCUCCGCAGCCAUGUCCUCCAACCAUGCCUCUCUCGAUGCCGCGGCGACGGAGCGCAAAGCUCGGCUUGCAAAGCUUGCUGCCCUAAAACGCAAACAACCAGAACCGGAGCCUUUAACUGAAGCUGGUGCCGCCAAUGACGAGCUGGAAGAUGCCGCUCCGGAUGUGACCAAGCAAUACCUGUCUGGAAGAAACUACGACCCGGAAACUCGUGGCCCCAAGCUCGGAUUUGAACAAGCCCCAACAGAUGGCCAGAUCACCGUGGAAGCUCAAGCUGCUGAGAUCGCCAGAGCGACUGCCGAGCAAGCGGAGAAAGAUGCGGAGGCGGAUCAACCGAUUGAUUUGUUCAAGCUGCAGCCCAAGAAGCCCAACUGGGAUCUGAAGCGUGACCUGGACGAGAAGAUGAAUGUCCUGAAUGUGCGAACCCAGAACGCCAUCGCAAGACUCGUGCGCCAACGUAUUGAAAAUGCGCAACGGGCCGCGCAGGCCAAGAGCGCCGGACCCAAUGACGACCAACAGGGAGAGGAGGUAGGCAUCGAGGGUGAGAUGCUGGUGGAGGGAAUCCACGUCCGAGAAAGGGAAGAGGAGGAAGAGGAACGGAGGGAGUUGGAAGAGGACGGGGCGGUAUGAUCUUGAUACCCUUGGAUUGGUGUACAAUAACUGUUGGUAUGAUUCGGUUUCAUCUCGUUAUCUAUCAGGCGCUCAUCUACUGGGGUCAGGGGCGAUUGUCGCAAGGCGUUACGGGAUUUUGCAUAGCAAUACUAAGAC